UCCGGACUCCGCCGUCGAGCCGGGGAGAGCGCCUCCGCCAGCAGACACCAGCCGGGCCGACGACGCCAGCGACCCGGGCCCUUCGGCGGCACUGCGCGCAUCCCGGGCGGUACAGGCACCCAGAGCCGCACUGCUGGGCCGGCUGGAACCACCAGUUUUUCGGUUAAUAGUUGAGAGAAAACCAUUUGCUUCACCCAGGGACCUAUAGAACUCCACGAUGGGAGGCAAGCUGAGCAAGAAGAAGAAGGGGUACAGUGUCAAUGAUGAGAAAGCCAAGGACAAAGACAAGAAGGCUGAAGGGACAGGAACUGAAGAGGAGGGAACCCCGAAGGAGAAUGACACCCAGGUGGCUGCAGAGACCACUGAGGUGAAGGAGGGCAAGGAGGAGAAGCCAGAGAAGGAUGCCCAGGAUGCUGCAGACAAGACCGAAGAGAAGGAAGGUGGCAAAGACACAGCCGUAGCCAAGGAAGAAGCGCCUAAGGCAGAGCCCGAGAAGAUGGAGGGGUCGGCAGAGGCGAAACCCGAGCCCCCAGAGGAUACAGAGCAAGAGCAGGCUGCAGCCUCCACCCCCGCAGCCAGCGGUGACGCCCCUAAAGCGUCUGAGGCCAGUGCUGAUGCCAAGGCGGAAACCACAGCACCCACUAAAGUGGAUGACAAGAGCAAGGAGGAAGGGGAACCCAAAAAGACUGAGGCUCCCGCAGCUCCUGCCGACCAGGAAACGAAAAGUGACGGGGCCCCAGCUUCAGACUCAAAACCUAGCAGCACUGAGGCUGCCCCAUCUUCCAAGGAGCCCCCUGCCGCGACAGAAGCACCUAGUUCUACACCUAAGGCCCAGGCCCCUGCAGCCCCAGCAGAAGAGGCUAAACCUGCUGAGACCCCAGCAGCUAAUUCGGAUCAAACCGUAGCGGUGAAAGAGUAACAAGGACAUCCUAUGGGGGAAAAAAAAAAAAAAAAAACCACUUAACAAAAACAACCUGUCUCUCUCUGUCUCUCUCUCUCUUUCUCUGCUAUCCUAACUUGUUUCAGAUUGAUUGGAAGUAAUGAUAAAUGUAUUGCCCAAGGAGGAAAAAAAAAAAAAAAAAGAAUGUUGUCCCAUCAAGGGAGGGAGGGGGUGGGGAGAAUCCAAAUAGUAUUUUUGUGGGGAAAUAUCUAAUAUACCUUUGGUCAACUUUACCAGUCAGUCCUGGAUUUUAAAGGUAGCGUCUGAAAGUCCAGUACAUCUUUGGUACCUGAACUGUUCCGUGCGCCCCACUGCUAAGAUCCUAGUAUCUUUUCUUCUACAAUGGGGGUUGGGAGCGAUGCAUUUGAUUCUGCCCACAGGGCCUGUACCAAGGCAAUCAGAUCUUGAUGAAAGCAGUAUUUUCUGUGUUUUCUUUUUAAUUUACAGCCUUUCUUAUUUUGAUAAUUUUUUUUUUUUAAAUGUCGUGGAUGAAGCCAACUUUCAGACAGAGCCCACUUAGCUUGUCCACACGUAUCUCCAUGCCAACCCCCCAUUCUUCCUCUCCAGAUAUUUUUGGGAGGAACAAACAUUCUCUCAUCCUACUUAGCCUACCUAGAUUUCUCAUGACGAGUUAAUGCAUGUCCGUGGUUGGGUGCACCUGUAGUUCUGUUUAUUGGUCAGUGGAAAUGAAAAAAAAAAAAAAAAAAAAAGUCUGCAUUCAUUGCAGCUCCAGUUUCUCUUCCAUUCUGUGUCACAGACACCAACACACCACUCAUUGGAAAAUGGAAAACACACACACACACACACACACACACACAAAA